AUGGCGGUCCUAACGCCACGACAGGAGAAGUUCGAUGUUGCAGAAGUCGAAGAGGGGCGCCACGAACAGAUAACGAGGAAGGAUGAGAUCGGGCGUAUCGACGCGAUUGCCACUGCUCAGGGUACUACUCUCGCAUCUUUUGCGCACUUGGACGAAAAGAAGAUCCUGAGGAAAAUGGACAUGCGGCUCAUCCCAAUGCUGGCUUUAUUAUACCUCCUAUCCUUUCUUGAUCGCGGAAACAUCGGCAAUGCGAAGAUCGAAGGACUACAAGAGGAUUUAGGAAUGACAUCCGACCAAUACAACUGGUGUCUUACUGUCUUCUUCUUCACAUAUGCAGCCUUCGAAGUUCCGAGUAACCUUCUUCUCAAAAAGCUACGCCCCAGCAUUUGGCUCCCUAUUAUCAUGGUAGCAUGGGGCACGGUCAUGACGCUCAUGGGCAUUGUCAAAAACUACCAUGGUCUUCUGGUUGCGCGCAUCUUUCUCGGCGUGACCGAAGCUGGGCUAUUUCCAGGAGUGGCUUAUUACUUGACUAUGUGGUACUGUCGGCAUGAGAUCCAACUCAGGCAAGCAAUGUUCUUUUCUGCAGCCUCUAUAGCAGGAGCUUUCAGUGGUCUCUUGGCCUUUGCCAUCUCGAAGAUGGACGGCACCGGCGGCUUAGAGGGAUGGCGCUGGAUCUUCAUUCUUGAGGGAAUCGUGACCGUGGUUGUGGCAGUCUGGGCAUUUUGGGCACUGCAUGACUUCCCCGAGACGGCUAGUUUCCUUACUGAGGAGGAGCGCGCCUUCGUGGUUUAUCGUCUGAAAUACCAGGGCCAGGUCCAGGGGAAAUCAGACAGCCGAGUUCAGGUUGCUGAAGCUGAUGAGUUUAAGUGGAAGUACGUCUGGGAUGCUUUCCUGGAUUGGCAAAUCUGGGUCAACAUCUUUGUGUACUGGGGCAUUGUGUGUCCAUUGUACGGAAUCAGCCUGUUUCUCCCGACCAUCAUUCGAAACCUCAACUACACAGCGAGCACUGCUCAGCUGAUGACGGUUCCGAUCUACAUAACUGCUGCCAUCCUCGCAGUUGUCGUUGCGUAUCUAUCUGACCGACUGGGCAAACGAAGCCCUUUCAUCGUCGGAUUCUUGUGCAUGAUGAUUGUUGGCUUCUCGAUGUGUAUAUCAAGUUCGAAUCCUCGAGUAGUCUACGGUGGUGUCUUCAUUGCUGCUUGCGCCAUCUAUCCUGCCUUUCCGGGAGUUAUCAGCUGGCUUGCCAACAAUCUUGCUGGAAGCUAUAAGCGUAGCGCCGGAAUGGCCCUUCAGAUCGGCGUUGGAAACCUAGGCGGUGCUAUGGCUUCCAACUUCUAUCGACAGAAGGAUGCGCCACGAUAUAUCCUGGGUCAUGCACUGGAACUUGGUUUUAUUUCCGUCGGCAUCAUAGCUGCUCUGAUUCUCAUCUUUUCGUACAUCAGAAUCAACAAACAGCGCGACAGGAAAAUGGCAGCCGGAGAAGACGUGCGAUAUACGGCGGAGGAGCUGUCAGCUAAAGGAGACAAGGCUCUGACCUUCCGCUACAUGUGGUAG